GAAGACAGAGGACAAUUUCCUAUCCAUAAAAAAAGGAAAUUAUCUAUUGCUAUUAGUACGAGAAUAGGAAAUUGGCUUAUUGUAUAGCCACAACCUAUUUAGUAUAAAUAUGGUGCUAAAGUUUUGGAAAAGUUUAGCACAAAAGAAUAAGAAAAUUCUAAUACAUUAAGGUUAUAAAGUUUCUUGUAAGAAAGAAUAACGCUUAACAGGGCUAAGAAAAAAACACAAGAAAACACUUCUUGUUUCUCAAAAUGGCCACAAUGCUAAUAAACCACAUGCUUUUCCUUACGUCGUUGUUAAUAGUCGUGUUUCCAGUAGCAAACGCGAUUCCAGCCAGAGACAUUGACAAGUUAUGCAAAGAGACAACUGAUGUGCCCUUCUGCCUCAAAUACCUUGGGACAGAUCCACGUAUACCAGCCGCACGUGACCUCACUGACGUGCUUUUAAUUGCGAUAACGCAGUCAAAAAUGCAAGUGGAUGACGCAACCACUCAUAUUGAUAGAGUCCGUCGAAAGUUCAAUGGUCCUCAUGGGAGGAGACGGAUCGAGGUUUGCAAGACGAAUUACGGAAUUGCUUCGGCAAGGUUUCACACAGCUUGGGAACUUGGACUUCAAAAAUCGUUUUGGGACGUGGAAAAACUGGCAAGGAUUGGCACCAACGCUGUGAUCGACUGCGAAAACGUAUGGAGAAGGGAUGGUCCGAUACAAACGUCUCCUCUCACUUUCUAUAACAUGAAUGUUUUCAAGCUUUCUGGAAUCAUUCUUCUUAUUUUCAACAAGCUUGUGACCUAAUUGUACCGGAAUUUCAUGGCCACGACACAAGUGACCUUUUGUGAAAAGGACGUUUCGUUUGUGAAAGUAUGCCAAAUUCAUUAACGUUCUCUCGUAAAAGUCUUCACUCUCUACUGAAGUUUGUUACUCCUUUUAUUCCAAAUUAUAAGUUUUUUUUUGGUUCUAAACACACAUUUUAAGAUUUGUUUUUAUUAUUAAAAAAACUAUCAUUUAAGAUUUCUAAUGCUAUAGUCACUCUUGUUCACUCCUAAAGUCUAUGUCGAUGUUUGUUAUAUAUAUAUGUUCCUCCAAGAUAUAUAUGCGCCAAAGCCUUGGACAAUUAAAGACUCAAAUAAGAAUCGCUGAUUUCAGUCGGAGACUCAUAUUCCCUCC